CCGGGAGGGGGGGCGGGGCGUAGGGCGCGAUGGCGAAGAGCUACGACUACCUCUUCAAGCUGCUGCUGAUCGGCGACUCCGGGGUGGGCAAGACCUGCGCGCUCUUCCGCUUCAGCGAGGACGCCUUCAACGCCACCUUCAUCUCCACCAUCGGCAUCGACUUCAAGAUCCGGACCAUCGAGCUGGACGGCAAGAAGAUCAAGCUGCAGAUCUGGGACACGGCCGGGCAGGAGCGCUUCCGGACCAUCACGACAGCCUACUACAGGGGCGCCAUGGGUAUCAUGCUGGUGUAUGAUAUCACUAACGAGAAGUCGUUUGAAAAUAUUCGUAACUGGAUCAGGAACAUUGAAGAGCAUGCUUCUCCAGAUGUAGAAAAAAUGAUCCUUGGAAACAAAUGCGACAUGAAUCCCAAGCGGCAGGUGUCCCGAGAGCAAGGAGAGAAGCUGGCCCUUAGCUUUGGAAUUAAGUUCAUGGAGACGAGCGCAAAGGCAAACAUUAAUAUAGAGAAUGCAUUUUUUACCCUUGCAAGAGACAUCAAAGCAAAAAUGGACAAGAAACUGGAAGGCAACAGCCCUCAAGGGUGCAGCCAGGGGGUGAAGAUCAACCCAGAGCAGCAGAAGAAAAGCAGCCUUUUCCGAUGUGCCCUUCUCUGAGGGAUGCAGCCCUCGCGUGGCCACCUGGACUGACUAAGCUUCCUGGACUGUUGUUGCUUGUGGGGGCUCCGCACCUUCUCUCUCUCUCUCUCUUCUCUCUGAAUCUGACCCACCCAGUGCCUAUGCGGAGGAGAGGGAGAUGGCAGUUUCUCUUCAUGACUGACUCCUGCGGGGUAGAGAACUGACCUGUCUUCUCAUUGCUUCUGAUGGGUGGGAAAUGUGCAGGGGCUUGGGGGAAGAGAUCUAUAGCAAGAGUAGGAAGGUUUUUUUAAUUGGGGGGGGGGAUGUUUCGUUAAUUCUGUGGAGCCUAGCAGAGAAAUAAGUUAUGAUCAGAAUGAUUCUAAAUGAUUUCCCACAGAACCUCCUGUCUGUUUUAAGGGUGGGGGAGGCACGUAUGUUUAUAGGGCUGAAUUGUACAGUCAGCUACAAGCACUGAUCUUUUUUAAAAUAGCAGACUCUAAUCCCAGGGGCUCCAAAAGCUCACACUUCCCUUGCCCCAAAAGAUACCUUUGUCUAUUCCUGGCGUUGCCAGAUGUUCUCAACAUUCCUGUGGUGGAAGUUGCACAAUGCCUAAAUACAAAAAUAAAUCUAUUUUUUUAGACAAA